UAUUUUACUUGUCCACAACAAAUGUUUUCUUGAUUUUUUAGUCUAAGUAAAUUUUAUUUCCCAAAUAUAACAACCUCAAAAACCCCCCAACAAAGCCCUUUUUACCUCAACAAACAUGGCCACUAUCACCGCCAGGUCUCUCCUCCGUUCUGCCACUACUUCCGGCCGUACAGCCUCCGGCAGACUCGCCAACAGCACCAAGCCAAAGGCCUCUUCAUCUCCCUUUCGUAUCCCUUCACAGAAACCACUCACUGCUCGCAUUUUCAGAUCUCCUGUUGAAAUGAGUUGUAUAAGAGUGGAAACGAUGUUUCCAUAUCACACUGCUACUGCCUCUGCAUUGCUGAAUUCGAUGUUAUCUGCCACUCCUCGAAGCUAUGGUUGGAAUCUUGAAGAGAUCCUGGGGGUACAAUGUUAGUUCUGAUGCAGCAAAUAUAAUUAGGAGAAGCUCCAGGAUGAGAAUGAAAAACAUACGACUUGGUGACUACAUUGUGGAUAAAGGCUAAUAGCAGUUUUGUGGUUUGCACGUGAGAAGUGAACAUUAGCAGUUAUAAAAAAGAGCACUCACGUACUCAGUUAGGCAUCAUGGAAGUUGUGGACUCUCUAAUUUUUUAUUUUUUUUUGACAAGGGGACUCUCUACUUGUUCUCAUCUCCUUUCUGCACUUUUCUAUUCCUCUCAUUUCUUCUUCUUGUUUGUCUAUGUUAACUUCCUAUUAAUUGCAUUCUAGUUGUUUCAUUCUAAGUUGAGCGGACUCUUCACUUUCAAUGCGCACCCAUGUCGGAUUCUCCAAAAAUACAUUACUUUUGGAGAAUCUGACACGCACCCGUUGACAUUUUUUAAGAGUCCGAGCAACAUAGGUUUCAUUGAACAAUCUCAAGUUGUAAUCUUUCUUUAUUGUUUAAUUUACAUACUCAGUUAGUUAGUAAUUCGAUAUCGUGUGUUUGAAUCGUAGCAACUACUACAUGAAUGAUUUAUCAAUGUAUUUAGAUAGUUUUUGAGUAAGUAUCAAUGUAUACAGAUAGAUACUUGACUUUGGUCGACGUAAUUUAAUUCACCAAUAUAUUGUGUACACAACUAAUCAUUCAUCCAAGUACAUAAAUGAAGUUCUUUAUAAAUACGAGUAUGUGACUAUGAAGGUCAAAAUUUGCUAAUACUGUACCUAGCAAAACUUGUUAGCAUGAUAUUUGACAUUAGAUUAAUGUGUUUCCAAUGGAAUUAAUCAUGUUCAUAUGGUUGUUUCUGGGGCAGGAUGCAUUUUAUUUAUCAAUAUUAAGAAUAGUGUGACCUUUGUCUAUUAUAAGACCUUUGUCAGACUUGUUAGUUUUGUUGCCUUUUCUGUUAUGUCCUUCUAGUCUACAACGUAAACUCCUAUAGUUGAAAUCCUUCCAAUAAAACUCUCAGUCAGAACUCUUUAAAUGCUUAUAGGUUCAGUUUACAGAAAGAGUGAUAUGUUCUUAUCCAAGAUAUCAAUAUAUAUUGACAUGUCGUUGAGCCUUGAAAUACGCAAUUGAUGUAUUUGUUAUGCCUGUCUGAAUGUAGAUUAAUGUAGAAAUACGUGUUUC